AUGGAGACCAACUUGAACGACCAGACUAAAAAGAGUAGUCGGAACAGUCAUCCAUGCGACUUUUGCCGUUAUAAGCGCGCAGCUUGCCUGUUGCACAAUGAGACGCCGCCGUGUGAGCUGUGCCGACGGCUAGGCAAAGAUUGCACAUUUAUUGGGGGGGCAAACAAGAGGAGACGAUUAUCCGAGCGGCGGCAAAGCGGCUCCAGUGAUGGGAUCAGGAGUCCUCGCCAACAGGAUCGAGCUACCUUGAGUGCCGACGUCAGGUUCUCGUCCGCAGAAACCUCGCCCAUUGCCGAGUUGAGCUUCGUCAGAGAAGAGACGGGCUCUGCAAGCCCGGUGUCACCCCACACAAUACCGGCACCUGAUGGUUCACGCCGGGAGGAUCUGUUCAUGCCGUCGUCGCUGGAUGCGACACCUGGUCACAAUGCCCAGGUAAUUGGGCUUAGUGGUGAAUCAGAUCCGUAUCUGCUGAACCUCUAUCACUUUGAUGAGAGAGACGAGUGUACCUUCCAGCAACUCCGCAUCCGGAACAUGGGACCUGAUGAUGGAGUUCCCACUCAAUUUAUGCUGCAACGCAACUCGCAAGCCAGCAAAGCACAGCCAGGCGGACUAGGCGCCACCGAGUCCGACCUCAGAUGUGAGGUCGCGAACAUGGUUCCCGAGAACGUCGGUCAAAGGCUCAUCACCCUGUUUUGGAAAUACAUACAGCCUUACUUUCCGGUCGUAUCCAAAGAACACACCAUCCGCGGCCUGAGCAGCAGCCCCUCGGCAAUGCCAACGUGUCUCCUAGCCGCAAUCUACGGCCACGCCCUGCCCUUCUGCGUCUUCGACGACGUUCUCUGCGUGGACGUCGACACCCUCCCCUCGGCAGACCACCUCUUCAAACUAGCCUGGAUGGCCGCGCUCUCGGAGUUCCACACCCCGUCGCUUGCUACAGUACAGACGAUGCUCCUCAUGAUCCAGCGGCGUCCAACCAACAGGCACGUCGCCGACACGCCGUUCAAGUGGACCAUGCUCGCGGACACCGUGGCGCUCGCUCAGUGUUUGGGGCUCAACCUCGACCCGUCAGAGUGGGCGAUCCCGCCGUGGGAGAGAAGAUUGCGGAGGAGGCUUGCUUGGGCGGUGUAUGUGCAGGACAGGUGGCUAAGUCUCAACUUUGGGAGGAGCUCGCAUAUUCAAGAAUGUGAUUGGGAUGUGUUACCGCUGGGCCCGGAUGAUUUUGGCGAUCUUGUUGGUGGUGAGGGCGAAGGACCGCAGGUGUGCAGGCAUUUUCUGCACCUGGCAUCCCUGACUGAGAUUGUGUCCAAGAUUCAACAAAACAUGUUCUCGAUCAAAGCAACUAGAGCUCUCUCCAAGUCUUUGGAAGCAAGUUUCGAAGUCGCUCGGCCGUUGAGGAUCGAACUCGCAGAGUGGUUGCAAAACCGGCCUGACGUGGGAGAGCAACCCUCGGCAUCGUUACCAGAAAGUGGUCUAGACGGUAACGGCAGUCUCAAACUCGCCUACAUCACCGCGAAAAUCGCCAUGUUCAAGGCACUUUUGCGACCGAAAAGCAUCGAGGUCCCAACCGAGGCCCGCACCGCCUUACGCACUGGCGCCAUGACCGUUGCGCGAGAGAUGCAUGACUUUCUUGCGAAACUAGAGGCUCGCCAUCUCGAAGCAUUUUGGCAUUCAUAUUCUCGAGUCAACUUUGCCAUCGCUAGUAACUUUAUCGUCUUGCUCUUUGCCCUCUCCCCGACAUUGGCGGAAGCCGAAGACGCACUUGCGCUCCUGGUGCAAUGGAGGGGCUUACUGCGCAUCAAGUCCAGAAGCUGUGACUUGCUGAACUUGAGUCUGUUGAGACUCGACGCCAUAUUCGUGGCUGGGCUGGGCAAGCUGAUUGAGUUGACACCGUCGGCAGCCGAGGCAGCUUCCUCUCGGGGCUUGUAA